AUGGAUUUGUGGGGACAGCGGGCGCUGGCGGCGGUCAGUGGCAGCGCAACCCUCCAGCUAGAGCGGGCGACGCGUGUCGGGAGGCUGCCGCCUGCUGCCGCUGCCAGAAAGGGUUUCGGUGUUUGGCCGGCGGGCGGCGCCGCCUAUCGGAAUGUCACAUCUGCGCCCGGGAAGGGCCGUCCAUUUGUCUCGGGCCGGGCCGGGCCGGCUGCUUUAUGUAAGUCGGGGCUGCCCCAAAUGGGACUCCGCUCGUGUAAUGGGGCGCCGCCGGCUCCCAUCUCAAUCACGGGUCAGUCGUCGCUAAUUGCUCCGGGCGGGGGCGGGGGUGGGGGCGGCGCUGCCUCCUUGACGGGGGCGGCGGCAGCGCCAGAAGGCUUCCUGGGAAUCUCCCGAGUCGUGGGAGGGCGGGGGCGGGGGUGGGUGCUAGGCGACUGCUGGGCGCCCGGCUCCCUAAUGGAGGUGUCGCGUAGCGGGCCAAAUGGAGUUGUGGUGUCAGCCGGCCGCGGCCACCAGCCAGCAGCCACCAGCCAGCAGGCGCCAGCUCUUUCUCUACCUGCUGACGCCGACGCCCCUGCACCUCCAGCAGCUGUGCGCCCGGACGUAGGACAGUGGCCGUUCGCCCCCAGGCAGCCGCGGCGAGUUCUUAUUCCUAAUCCUGCUCCUCUCCUGACGGUCAAGGGAAACGGGAAAGUUUCGAGGCCACGGUCGCUGUCCCGCGAGGGCAGCACCGGCCCCGCCGCCGAUUUCCGGCGGGCGCGGUCGGCCCGCAGCAGCCAGCAGCCAGCAGCCAGUAUCGGCGCGGCGACCGGCCGCCAUGUUGGGCGCCAUCUGUCGGCGGCGGGCCGAGAGCCUUCCUGUUGGGACGCAGCGCCGGAGACGUACGACUGGCUGGCCGCGGCCGGCACACAGCGUGAGCGGAGGCGCGCCCGCGCUGGCAGAUGUACGGGAGGUGCCGAGCGCGUGGGCGGGUCCGGACCGGGCGCGGCCGACGGCAGAAGGCGCCGAUUUAUGCGCCGCACCACAGCCGGCGCUGGAGCUCUACACCCGACAGCCGGCCGCUGCAGCCGCGGCCGCUCCAGCUUGCGGCCAUAG